AUGAAUAAUGAUACAACCUUAGAAAAACAUGCCGGUCAAAUUGAUGACUUACAAGAAAAGAGGAGAACAAAUAACAACAACGUUGUUGACAGUAUUAAUCCUGAUGAUGUUGAUAAUAUUGUUGCAACAUAUCCUUAUGCCUAUAAUAUUUGGAAUCUGGGAUUAUCACUUGGAUGCAGUGUUCGUCAAUC